AAAAUAAUCCUCAAUGUAAUUAUCGCAUUAAUCCCUUAAUCGCCUGCUCACCGGAAACUUCCCACCGCUUCCGUAGAUUUCGCUCUCUCUCUCUCUCUCUCUCUCUCUCUCCCUCUCCUCCAUUUGCAUAAUUCGUAAAUAUUAAUGUGGUGGAGAUCAGCUUCCUUCAUACUCGACAAACAGCGAGACGAAGCUGGGGGCACCGCCGCGCCUGAGAGCCGAUACCUCUCUUCGCCCAACUACUCCUCCAUGGCCGAAACCCUGCAGAACACUAGUCCCGACCCUAAAAUUUCCGCCUACUACGAGACCAGGGCCGCCCACCACGGAGUGGUCACCAGUGACUGGCUCGCCCAGGCUCAGGCCGCCGUUGCCAGCCACCCCGACGAUCUUCCGCCUGACUACCACACUAAGCCCCCUGAUUCCGGCAAGCCCUUCAGCGUCAUCGACGAGUUCAACAACUGGCGGAAGCAGCCCGAUUUGGCUGAGGCCGUCGCUGCGAUUCGGGCCCUGGCGUCGGUCAUUCGAUCUAGCCAGGCCACCACCAUGAUGGAGCUGGAAAUAGAGCUCAAGAAGGCUUCCGACUCUCUUAAAUCAUGGGAUACAACUUCUAUCUCUUUGACAGCGGGUUGUGAUUUGUUCAUGCGUUAUGUAACAAGGACUUCGGCUUUAGAAUAUGAGGACUUCAAUUCUGCCAAGUCUCGCUUGAUUGAACGUGCAGAAAAGUUUGGGGAGAUAUCUUAUAAGGCGCGCAGGAUCAUUGCAAUGCUUAGCCAAGAUUUUAUAUUUGAUGGUUGUACUAUUUUGGUCCAUGGCUUCUCCAGAGUUGUUCUGGAAGUUUUGAGGACAGCAUCACAAAACAAGAAACUCUUUCGGGUUUUUUGCACAGAGGGAAGGCCAGACAGGACGGGAUUACGACUGUCUAAUGAGCUGGCUAAGCUGGAUGUUCCUGUGAAGCUCCUGAUAGACUCUGCUGUGGCCUAUUCCAUGGGUGAGGUUGACAUGGUGUUUGUUGGGGCGGAUGGUGUGGUUGAAAGUGGGGGUGUAAUUAACAUGAUGGGAACAUACCAAAUUGCAUUGGUGGCUCACAGUAUGAACAAACCAGUUUAUGUGGCAGCCGAAAGCUACAAGUUUGCUCGUCUGUACCCAUUGGAUCAGAAAGACAUGGUCCCCGCAUUGCGCCCCAUUGGCUUUGGGGUGCCAAUCCCUUCCAAGGUUGAGGUUGAAACAUCUGCCCGGGAUUAUACGCCACCGCAAUAUCUUACUCUGCUAUUUACUGAUCUGGGUGUUCUAACACCAUCAGUGGUCAGCGAUGAACUCAUUCAGCUGUACUUAUAGUCAUGGCUGGGACUAAUUUUGUUUACUUUUUUCCAGCCAAACUUGUUAUUAGACUUGCUUUUUGAGAUAGAUAGCUGAUAACACUAUAUCUUGCUUGAUGAUGUUGUGUCUGAUGCCCGUGAAUGCAACUUGGCUACAUAUAUCUUUUAAGAAUUUGUACUAUAAUUUUAGAA